AUGGAAGAGCGUGAACCCAAUUUAGUGGCGAACACAACACACAGUAUCAGUCGGCGUGGUGUACGGAGAUCUGAACUGGACGAUGUUGAGCUGAGAAAUAUUUUGGGUGAUUUGUUACCGUUGGUACGGAUCGAUUAUAUCCUCCCCCCGUUUCAUCAGAGUUUGAACAGCGCCUAUAAACGCGGUCUGCUGGAUCGUGCACCGAAUUCGGAUCUGCUGGGGCAACGAUACCCGGAUAGCCGAUCACCAGACGUGAAUCCGGAUGCACACUGGUUUGAUCAUGGUGUGCCGAGGCGACAUCCGGCUGGACCAAGGCUUCUGUUGCCUUACAUCUCGGUAAGAUUUUAA